AUGACCAAGGACCCUGAAGCUAAAAAUUGGAUAGUACUAUGCGGUAGUAACAAUGGCUGGAGAAAUUAUGCUGAUCAUGCAAUCGUAUACCGUGCCUACCAUAUGUUCCGGUCGUACGGCAUUCCCGAAGAAAAUAUAAUUGUUUUCCAUUUCGAUGACAUCGCCUAUAAUAAGGAGAUCUCAUACCCCGGGAUAGUUAUGUACGAGACUAACGGUACCGAUGUUUAUUAG